UGCGUUAUGCUCCUAGUGCUGUUAUUUAAACUGCACCGUAGCUACAGUUUUCUCUUAACUGUGAACAUGGAGUUGGUUGGCACACUUGCCUUGACGGUGAUCAUUUUAGCUCUGCUGAUUGUGUUUUUUCGGAAGGACUCGGCUCGUUACUCAAAGAUGCCGCCAGGUCCGACCGCACUGCCAUUGAUCGGUAACUUGCUGCAGGUGAAUGGCAAGGUACCCCAUGAAAGUUUCUUAAAGAUGAGUGAAACCUACGGACCUGUCAUGACGGUGCAUCUGGGUCCAAAACGCGUAGUAGUUCUGGUCGGGUUUGAAGCUGUGCAGGAGGCGCUGGUGCACAAUGGGGAUGCCUUUACUGGGAGACCAGAAAUACCUCUGUUUACGUUGGUGACGGAUGGCUUCGGUUUGGUCGUCAGUAAUGGUGAGCGCUGGAGACAGCUUCGGCGCUUCUCUCUCGCUACACUGCGUGACUUUGGGAUGGGGAAGAGGAGCAUUGAAGAAUGGAUCCAGGAGGAGGCAAAGCAUCUUGCUGCAGAUUUUGAGAAACAUAAAGGUUCUCCCUUUGAUCCCACCUACACCCUAACCCGCGCCGUGUCCAAUGUCAUUUGUUCUAUUGUGUUUGGAAGGCGGUUUGACUAUGACGAUAAACAGUUUAUUCAUCUCCUGACUCUGGUGAAAACCCUUGUCCCUCAACUCAGCGUCCCUAUGGCCCAGCUCUACAACAUCUUUCCACGACUCUUCAGUAUGCUACCUGGACCCCACCGCACUAUUUAUGAAAAUACGCAAGAAUUAAUGGUAUUUAUUUCUAUGAUGGUGGACCACCACAAAGAGACUCUAAACACCAACAGCCCUCGGGAUUUUAUUGACAGUUUCCUCAUCAAAAUGGAGCAGGAAAGAAACAACCCAGCAACAGAGUUCAAUUCUAAGAACUUAAUGACAACACUACAAAAUCUUUUCGUCGCUGGAAUUGAUUCAACAACUGCCACUCUGUCCUUUGGACUGAUAAUUUUCAUCAAGUAUCCCAAAAUACAGGAAAAGGUUCAUAUGGAAAUAGAUGAUGUGAUUGGUCAAGAGCGCCCCCCACGCAUGGAGGAUCGCAAGAAGAUGCCCUACACCGAUGCUGUGAUCCAUGAAAUCCAAAGAUUUCUUGAUAUUAUUCCUUUGAAUGUGCCUCAUGCAACAACUAAGGACACGGUCUUCAGGGGCUACACCAUCCCACAGGGAACCCCAGUGUUAGCUUUGCUUCACUCUGUGCUCUUUGACAAGUCACAGUGGGAAACGCCAUACACCUUCAAUCCCAGACAUUUUCUUGAUGAGAAAGAUGGCUUCAAAAUGAAUCCGGCUUUCAUGCCCUUUUCUACAGGGAAGCGAAUCUGCGUAGGGGAGGCUCUGGCUCGGAUGGAGUUGUUCCUGUUUUUCACCACUCUACUGCAGAAAUUCACAUUUUGGUCUAAUGAUGACCCCAAGAACAUCGAUCUCACUCCAAGUGCAAGUUCCUUUGCAAAUGUUCCUCGGAUCUACAAGAUUCUAUUCAUUCCUCGUCAAUGAAAGAGAAGAGGAUAAGCAGUUAUUGUCUUCAUAAGAAUUACUUAUUAAAGUUGUGAAAUCACUUCAGUUUUUAUGAUAUACUCUUUCUCUUGUAUUGAUGGCUAGUUGUGCAAGGUGUCAAGAUUUUUAGGGUGUCCUCCCACCUAUUUUUGGCCCUCUACACCUGAAAAAAACUAAUGUUUAGGCCAUUUUUCGAUCAUGAUUUUUUCAUUGUCAUGAUAAAGAGUAAACCAAUAGAUGUCUUUAGCAAAUAUGAUCAGAAGGACUUGGAAGUUGUAUAUGCCACAUCAGCUGAUCCCCGGGGUUCACAGCUUAAUGAGGUAUGAGAGGUGAAUGUAAGUCCAUUUCACCAAACUUUGAAAAAAAUGGGUAUUGGUAAUGCAGGCAUUUGGAUGGGGAUCGGUAAUAUAGUCAUGUGGAGAGUUGUUUAAUGUUAUUUUAAGUUUGCUGAUUAUGAAUAUGAUAAUAUUUGUGAUAUUUGAUUCUUUAUCAGUGGUCCUAGGGUAAGAGCCACUCCUAGAAGGUGACACAUUUCAAAUAUAAUCAUGUAGGAUAUUGUAUUAUUGGUUACGAAUAUGAUGUUAUUUUUGAUUUUUGAUCAUUUACUAGGUAUCUUGUUCUCUAUGGAUCUCUAUCACAGGGUGAAAAAUUACAAUUAUCUGUUGUAAUCAAGAAUACUUAGACUUUAAACAUUUAAACAUGUUUUAAUAUGUUAAAUAUAUGGUGUAAAUGUAAAUCAUAUGUAAAUAUAUGAUGAACCACACAUUUUACUAUUUUAAAUAUAUGAUCCAGCUGUUCUUGUUAUUUUGCAUUUCCACCUCAUGAAAUAAAUCAUUAAAUUUCUUUUGAACAACCCUGAA